CUCUUUUUUUUUUUAUAUAUCUACUUUUCCUUAAUUUUUUUUAUUUUGAACAGCCUAGUCAUCCCAUGGCAAAACCUCCUUCGCCUCUUGUCAGGGCGAUAACUGGGUUUCUUCUACAAGUAAUUGUAUAUGGCUUAUUGGUUUAUACCUGGUACAUUUAUGUGUUCCGUAUUUGUGUGGCUUUAUUGAUCUGGAGUGAAUAUAGAAACGUUCCUUUAGGUGUACUCAUAGCAUUUUCUAGUCUCUUUGUUUUAAUGGCAGCCAUAUCAUAUACUCGUAUCAUUAAUGCCGAUCCUGGUCAUCCUGAUCAAACACCAACCCUCCAGUCAGUCGAAUCAGCGACAACUCAAAGCAGUCAGUCUCACUUACCUCGUUAUUGCUAUACACCAAGUUUAUUCGACAAGACUACUAUGACAUCACUUCCUUUACAAGAUACAACUAUUUUACCAGCUCUCUCUAUUGUCUCAGAUCCAAAUGGUGCACCUCGGUUUUGUGACAUUUGCAAAUGCUUCAAACCAGCUCGAACUCAUCAUUGUAGCGACUGCAAUGUCUGCGUACUAAAAAUGGAUCAUCAUUGUCCCUGGAUCAACAAUUGUGUAGGUCAUCACAACUACAAAUUCUUUUUUCUCUUUGUUUCUUAUACAGGACUUUACGGACUGUGGGGUUUAUGCAGCGCGCUUCCUCUUGUAGUGAUUGCUAUGCGUGAUUAUGAUCGGUCUUUAGAUCCACAAUGGAUUGUCUUUUUAAUUAUAGCAUUCGUAUUUGGACUUACAAUAUGUGGAUUUGCUUUGGCUCAUGGACAAUAUAUUUUGGUGAAUCGAACUACGAUUGAAAGUUUAUCGACUCGACCUGAUCAUGUACGUGUUGACUUUGAUACCUCUGGACAAAAUUAUGAAGUGGUUGCUACUUCUCUUCAUGAUCGACUCUGGAAUAUUGGCAAGAUGAAUAAUUGGCGUAGUGUGAUGGGUAAUCAUCCUAUUGGUUGGAUUUUACCUGUUUAUCGUGGACUUGGUGAUGGAACAAUAUACCCUUUUAAUGACGCAUCCUACCAUAAAAUUUUAGAUCAAGCAAAACGACAAAAUGAUAUGAUUUAAUUUUUAGGCAUAAAUGAAUGAUGCUGAGAUUUAAUAAAAAUACAGUUUUUAUUUUUUUUUUU